UUCUGGACACUUACUUUAUGCCGUUCUUAAUAAAGUUGAUUUUUUCCACUGGGAUUUCAUCUGACCGGGUUCGAUACUACACUUCAUGCCGUUUGCUAGUGUUAGACAGUUACUUUAUGCCGUUUUUUAAUUCAGUUGACUUUCUUAAAAAACUACAAGGCGUUAAAAGAAACAUUCUCUUCUCUCCUCUCCUCGCCGGAGUAUAAAUACAACUUUUGAAAUUCAACGCAGCACAAAAGUCUCCUCUUGUCUCUCUUCCUCUCUCACCAUGGCAGCAUUUCUCGCUAGACGGCUUCUCGGCACUCCAACGUCUUCCUCCUCAGCGCUCAUUUCCGCUUCUCGAGCCUUCUCCUCCUCCACCACUCCGAUCAAAGCAACCCUCUUCCCCGGCGACGGGAUCGGUCCCGAGAUCGCCGAAUCCGUCAAACAGGUGUUUACCGCCGCUGACGUGGCAAUUGAUUGGGACGAGCAUUACGUUAGUACUGAAGUGGAUCCGAGAACCAAUAGUUUCUUGACGCGGGAGAGUCUUCAGUCCGUGCUUGAUAACAAGGUUGGCUUAAAAGGACCUAUGGCUACUCCCAUUGGGAAGGGUCACCGUUCCUUGAACCUUACUCUUAGGAAAGAGCUGAAUCUCUAUGCUAAUGUUAGGCCUUGUUACAGCCUCCCUGGGUACAAGACCCGUUAUGAUGACGUUGAUCUUAUUACUAUUCGUGAGAACACUGAAGGAGAGUACAGUGGGCUUGAGCAUCAGGUGGUUAAGGGUGUGGUGGAGAGUAUUAAGAUUAUUACACGUAAGGCGAGUAUGAGAGUUGCGGAAUAUGCUUUUCUCUAUGCUAAGACUCACGGAAGGAAGAAAGUUUCUGCUAUUCAUAAAGCCAAUAUUAUGCGGAAAACUGAUGGUCUUUUCCUUCAGUGCUGUGAUGAGGUAGCUGAGAAGUAUCCUGAGAUAGAAUACGAGAAGGUUGUUAUUGACAACUGCUGUAUGAUGCUUGUGAAAAAUCCAACACUUUUUGAUGUCUUGGUGAUGCCAAAUCUCUAUGGAGAUAUUAUAAGCGAUUUGUGUGCUGGACUAGUUGGGGGACUAGGACUGACUCCAAGUUGUAAUAUCGGGGAGGAUGGUAUUGCCCUUGCUGAAGCUGUGCACGGGUCUGCACCAGAUAUUGCUGGAAAGAACUUGGCGAACCCGACAGCUUUGCUUCUGAGUGGAGUGAUGAUGUUGCGGCAUCUCAAGCUCAACAAACAAGCAGAGCAAAUUCAUAGCGCCAUCAUCAACACAAUAGCGGAGGGGAAGUAUAGAACCGCUGAUCUCGGAGGUACCUCAACCACAACAGAGUUCACAAAAGCCAUCUGUGAUCAUCUCUAAACACCCAUUCUUUCUCUACUUAUUCAUUCGCCAUUGGACCUUUCCUUGAGGAUUUAUCCUCCAGAAAUUCUUGUUGUUUCUUACACGUUUUUUCCCUCUCCUUUUAAUCAGUCUUCCUAUGAGAAGAAACAAAGCCGCCAUUGGCUUUUCUCAUGAUUUUUUUUUAUAUUUUGUUUUACA